AUGGGAUCACAUCACGAGGAGGUGAUACCACCCACAUUGAAAAAGACUUUGCACCUGAAAGCAAAGAAGCCUGAUACUGAAAGUUUGAAGGUUUUGGGUCGAACGUUGAAGAAAACACAACGUCUUACUCUUGCUAGAAAAUAUGGGGAAAUUCUAGAUCUAUUAGAAGUUGAUGUGCAAGUAGAUGCAAUCACUGCGGUUGCUCAGUUUUAUGACACACCUCUGAGAUGUUUCACUUUCCGAGAUUUCCAAUUGGCACCUACUUUGGAAGAAUUUGAGCAAAUUCUUGGCUUAUCAUUAGAAGAUUUUGAGAAGCCAUACCGCUACUUGGGGCACUACCCUUCUAUGCAUGCUAUUGCUGACGUGUUAAAAGUUCCUGAGAAAAGCUUGCAAAAAAAAAGACAAAAUAGAAAUGGGACCGAUGGAUUUUCAAGAAAGUACCUGGAGGAGCACCUUCGUCACUUAGCUGAAAUUGAAGACUGGGAGGCUUUCAUUGAUGUGCUAGCUCUCACCAUUUAUGGUAUCCUCAUGUUCCCAAAUGUUGACGAGUUCGUGGACUUCGCAGCUAUAGAUGUCUUCUUUGCUCGCAAGUUUAGAGGUGAAAAUCCUGUUCCUGCCAUUCUUGCUGAUGUCUACUAUACUCUAAAUUUUUGUUAUGAGAAGAAGGGAUACGAGAUCUUAUACCCCAUCACUGAGUUUCAAAGAUAUCAGUUAAAGGCUAAAAGUGGUCAUGAAUGGACUCAAAUUUUAGCACGAUUGGAUGAAAAAAGUGUCCGAUGGUAUCCUCGAUGGGUUGAAAGAGAAACUUUGAUCUACCAAUGCGGUGAUUUCCCUAAUGUGCCUCUCAUGGGUACCCGAGGGUGUAUCAAUUACAACCCAUCCUUGUCACAACGACAACUCGGUUAUCCUAUGAGAAGAGCUCCCACGGAAGACAUGAUAGCUCCUUUCAUUCUUUAUGAUAUGAGCUCUGCACGUAAUGAGUUACUUAAAAGAGUUCGAGAUGCCUGGGAUAAGGUCAUUCGAAAAGGAAAGGAGUUGAGGAUUAAGAGUUGUGGAGUCCAAGAUAGCUAUCAGCAGUGGGUUAGGUGUCGAGCACAAGAAGUAAAGCUACCAUUCCAAGUUUUGACAUUCACCACAAAUGUUGAAUCAUCAAUGUCUGCCUCACGACAGUGA